GGCUUCCUCUGACACCCACUGCUGCUCUGGCAGCUUUCUCUCUCAGCUCCACUCACCUAUUCCUCUCCCUCUUUCUUUUCUUAUGCACUCAGUGGGGCAGGUGGCUGCUGGAACAGAAGCAGGAUCCAGAUCCAGGACUCUGAGAAAAAGCAGUGCAGUGUGUCCCAUCCAGGGACCCACAGGGCAUUCCCAGAAUCUCACCCUGCCAGCACCCUGAAACCACAAUCUUUCUUUUUCUCUCCCUUUCUUUCGCUCUUUCUGAGGGCUGAGCACUGAGCCGGCUGCUCUGAGAGAAUUUUCCACCCUGAAGCCUCAGCUCUGCACCAGGAGAGGUUGCUUGAGGAGAGCAGUGCAGGGGACGGAGAUAGUAAAAGGCAGAAGGAGGGUAGGGGGUGGAGCCAUAGAGAGGUGGUUUAUUUUUUUGAGCGAGGGUUGCCCCAGGCUGGACUUAUCCCUGCGCAUCUCCAGUUGGGCUGAAGUACGUGGAAGUGUCAGGAGCACAGAAGGCAGCAUGGAGGCAGAGAACGGUGGGAAAGGUCUGGAAAGCAGUGUCGGAAGAGCUGCGACGGAGGCCCGGAGGGCGUCCCGGCUGCUGAAGGCCGGACUGGGGGUCUCCUUGUGCCUUAGUCUGGGGCUGCUCCUGGCCCUAAUCCUUGUGUCCCAAAGGUCAAGGGAAGAGGAGUACUGCCUGACUGAAGAAUGCAUUGAAGCAGCCGGCUCGAUCCUGAGUAAGAUGGACCGCUCAGUAGAUCCUUGUGAAGAUUUUUACCACUACGCUUGUGGAGGGUGGCUCAGGGAAAACCCUAUUCCAGAAGAUUCCUCCAGCUAUGGCAUCUACCCCUGGUUGCGGCAGAACGUAGACCUCAAACUCAAAGAGUUGCUGGAGGGUCCUAUACUACCAGAGGAUAUUGAAGCAGUGACAAAGGCAAAGGUGCUGUACCGAUCCUGCAUGAAUGAAACGGCACUGGAGGUGGAGGACGCAAAGCCUCUGCUGAAGGUCCUGAAGCAAAAGGAACUGCACUGGCCAGUUCUGGAGGACUCCCUGGGCUCAGCCUGGCAGUGGGAGGAGAGCCAGUUCAAUCUGCUGCAGACCAUGGCCCAGGUCCGCACCCAGUUUAGCAAAUCUGUCCUAGUGAGACUCUACGUCUCCCCCGAUGACAAGAACUCCAGCCAGUACAUCACUAAGCUGGACCAGGCAACACUGUCUUUAUCUUCUAGAGAUGACUUUCUCACCAACACUUCAGAAGCGCAGGCAUACCGUGAUGCCCUGCUAAGUCUGAUGGUGGACAUCGCAGUUAUGCUGGGAGCAAAUCAGCAGUCGGCACAGACCCAGAUGAAGGAUACUCUGGCCUUUGAGAUAAAGUUGGCUGAGAUCUUGAUUCCAUUUGAAAAUCGGACCAGUGAGAACCUGUACAACAAGUAUAGCCUGUAUCGCCUACAAAAGACUAUCCCAGAGUUUAACUGGCUGGAGUUUGUGAAGGCAGUUAUAGACACAUCUUUGUAUCCUGAGCUGAAGUCUUUGUCCACAUCAGAGCAGGUGAUUGUACGCACUCCCAAGUACUUCAAGGAUCUCUUCAAACUACUUAGCAACACAAAGAAAAGGACAGUGGCCAACUAUGUUGUCUGGCGAGCGGUCUUUACCAGAAUCACCACACUCAGUCGCCGUUUCCUCUACAGAUAUCUGGAUUUUGCUCGGGUUACCACGGGAACAACUUCACUGACCCCACGCUGGGACAAGUGUGUCAACUACGUGGAAAACACCCUUAUGUAUGCUGGUGGCCGAAUGUUCGUUGAAAAGCACUUCCAAGAAGACAAGAAACUAAUGAUGGAGGAGCUGAUCGAAGGAAUUCGAUGGGCAUUCAUAGACAUUCUGGAGAAAGAGAAUGACUGGAUGGAUGAGGUGACCAAAUCCAAAGCCGAAGAGAAGGCUCAUUUUGUCUUAGCAAAGGUUGGAUAUCCUGAGUUCAUCCUGAAUGACACCUAUAUCAAUGAGGACAUAAAGAGGUUGUCAUUUUCAGAGAAGGAUUACUUUGGGAACGUGAUGCAGACUCUGCGCUUCUUUGCACAGUCUGACAUUGCCUGGCUGCGCAAGACUGUUCCGCGCACAGAAUGGUUCACCAAUCCCACCACUGUUAAUGCCUUCUACAGCUCUUCCACCAAUCAAAUAAGGUUUCCUGCUGGUGAACUUCAAAAGCCAUUUUUCUGGGGACUAACCUACCCACGGUCCCUAAGUUAUGGAGCCAUUGGGGUCAUUGUUGGACAUGAGCUUACCCACGGCUUUGACAGCAAUGGACGAAAGUAUGACAAGAAUGGGAACAUGGACCAGUGGUGGAGCAACACCUCGAUAUCCCGCUUUAAUGACAAGACCCAGUGCAUGAUCAACCAAUACAAUGACUACCACUGGAAAGAAGCAGGACUUAACGUGAGAGGAAAGAGGACUCUGGCAGAGAACAUUGCCGAUAAUGGAGGGAUGAGAGAGGCUUUCAGGGCCUACAGGAAAUGGGUGGAGACAGAGAGAACAGGGAGGGAAGAGCCUCUGUUGCCGGGCGUGGGCCUGUCCAACAACCAGCUCUUCUUCCUGAGCUACGCACAUGUGCGCUGUAACUCCUACAGGCCUGCAGCUGCCAGAGAGCAGAUCCAGAGUGGGGCACAUAGCCCCCCCAAAUACAGGGUGAUCGGGGCAAUGAGCAACUAUGAGGAGUUCCACCGGGCCUAUGGCUGUCCUGUUGGGUCUGUCAUGAACCGGGGGGAUAAGUCCUGCCGUGUGUGGUAGAUGCCAAACCGAUGUGAGACUGGUGGCCAAAACCGAACAUUCAGCACUCCACCCACACACAGACCAGGGGAACAUCCUCAGGUCGGGGUUCUGUGUCCCCCGACAAGCUUGAUUACAGGUCCUUUGUUUUGACUGAAGGAAAGUGGCUUCCAGUUUUUCUCUUGUUCUGCUAUUAUCUUUUUUUGGGAAGGUGUUUUUGUGGCUUGUAACCAGGUUUUGUUCAGAAUUAGACAUUGUUGGAUUCAUUAACAGUCAACAAUAGAUAUAACAUUAUUUUUGUCAUUUCAGGUAAUUGAUUUCAGUUUCAAUUUCAAUUUUGCUAUUAUUAAAGUUAUAUAUCAAUAGGAUUUUAUAGGACUUAUAUGCUGUGCCAGAUGGCAGUUUCUGUCAUCUGUCUUGUACAAGAAAGAUUUUUUUUUUUCAUUGAAUAAUAUCUGUAAAAACCAGAGGCAUCAAUAUUUAUUUUCUUCUCCUUCAACUGAAAUUGAAGUUGAUUUUUUUGAAAUAUAGUUUUUUUCUUGACUCCCCAGUGAAUUUUUUUCGGCAGUUUUGGAUGCGAACUGUCAACCUUAAUGUAGCCAACCUGAUUUGUAGCCUAUAGCAUUUUCAACAUAUUGCCAAAUUCUGGGAGAAACAAAGUGCAAAAAUGCACGAAUGUGCUGGGAACAAGAUUCCAGUCCUUGUCAGUUGUAAUGAAAUGUUUGAUGGACCCUGUCAACAAAGUUGUUGCUGAGCUUUCCUUCCCCCUUUAUGAUAACGUGUCAGUGAUGAUAACAAUAUGCUUCAUGAAAGAAAUAAAAACAUACACCCGUUGGCCCAACCCUGUUUUAUUAUCUUAGUAUGCAAAACGCAAGCACGAUGUGUUUCAUGUUCUGUUAAAAACAAAAAGAGAUGCUUUCUUUCCGUGAUGGACCAAAGUGAUUAAAUGUGACAGGUGCUGGUGUUUUGGUCCUCAAGUAGGGCAAGGUCAUUUUUCAGUUUUUUACAUAUUAUGAAAGGGCAGAUUAUGAGCUUUCAAAUGAUGUAUUAUACACUGAAAAUAGUUAAAGAAGAUAUGCUUAUUUGAAUGUUGGUACUCCUAAAAUCAAGUAGCAGAGAAAAUCCCCUUGAAAGAUCUUGAACUUUUCACACUUCUCACAAGGGAGAUAAUGGGUGGGAACAAUAGCUAGUUAACUCCACCCCAACCACUAGAGUACCUGUCAAUCCUUGCCCAUUUAGGGGUUACCCUAUUUAAAGCUUUAUAACUCCAGAUGUGAACACCACAGAGACUAGAAAAAUGUCUUAAAUGAAGCAAUACAUUUGUACCAUUUAUAAUACUAGCUUAGAUUACUUUAUUUCUUACAAAAUUAUGAAUAUAAAGUGCCACAAAUGCAAUGGACAAGGCAAAAAAUCUAAAAUGAAUUUGCUCCUUUUUUAGUUCUCAAUUAAAUACUGGGAGAUUGCGGGUUAAAGUAUACAUGUCCUGGAUCAAAAACGUCUUGACCACAAGUUCAUAAAAUCUAAGGGUGGAUAUGUAGAACUACUAAAGAUGUAUGAAGCAAAAACUAAGCAGUGUACCCAGCAUCUCCAAAUCUACCCAAAAUGUCUAAAUUAUGUCUAUUAUAUAAAUUAUAUAUAAUGUCUAAAAUAGCUAAGGGUCCAGAAACAAAUCCAAAAUCUCUCCAAAAAGGAAUAUAAUGCUUUUUGUCCAUUGUAAAGCCCUUAUGAAGGUUUAAGAUGAAACAUAGAUAUAAUUUAAACAUAAUGCAAAAAUAUAGUCACACAAUGCUGCACAGUACCUAAAUGUGUAAUAAUUAACUCUAACUAUUUUCAGCCGUCCACCACGUUUUGGCAAUGUUUCAACACUCUCCUCAUCACUGUUGUAUGCAUCACAAAAACUAUUACAAUACUAACAAAUGCUUACAUUACAGUGUGAAAUAUCCACAUUAUAUAAUACCAAUUCUAAAAUAAUGUAUAUAACCGAAAUAUUUUGAGCAGUAAUACUUACAUAGCAAUGAUGAAAUCUUAUCUAUGUUCAGUAAAUGGAAACAGAGACAGUAAAUCAAUGACAGUUCUAUCCACUUCUGUUUUGCUCCAGAAAACGAUGUCAGAUAGAUCUAUCAGCAAACAUAUGGCUUAGCUAUGCCCAGAAGUCCUCAAUAAUAAUGUUAUUUUCCAAGGAAUUACGAAAAAUCGUUGACAACGUUUCGUUAGGUGCAACGUCUUUUAAUGCUACCAUAUAUAGAGCGAAUGCCAUGGUAAGAAAAUGUUCGGAUACGCUAACCUAUAAAACGCUAUUCCAAAAGCAAAAUUAGACAUGUUAUACAUCGUUAGAAAGCUUAUACUCUCACCUACUGAAUAAAUGAACUGUUAAUCAAACCAAAUUGUACUAAAAAGGGUGACAACACCGUAAGCAACAGGUGUGGUAUUACGCACAGCUAUUUUUGAAGGUAGCCUACCCAGGUAUCACAAAUGCGGGUAUAUUUCACAAAUGGAUUGUCCAAGACAAUAUAUGACCACUCAGCCUCAAAAGGGACAUCUCUACGCAUAAAACCAGUGGUAAGAUUGUAUAUUGAUUCAAUGUUUAGUCCCAGAUAUUGACUGUGGAAUGACAUGGUAUAAUUUUAAAAAACUUUGUCUCGCUUAUUUCGUUAUUCAAUGAGCAGCGUUUUCACUGCUGUAUUAGCAUAUUUUAGGGCAAAUGUCGGGUUUAUCUUGUUACGGAAUAUUACAUUACAUUACAGGCAUUUGGCAGACGCUCUUAUCCAGAGCGACGUACCAUGAAGUGUAUAACCAUAACCAGGAACAAGUGUGUCGAAAACACUAGAGAGCAGUAGCCUACCGUUCCAAGUGCAGGGAACAACCGCAUAGUUCAAUUUGGACCCUGUAGGUUAAACUGAUUAACACUAACACAAACAAGAACAGCAACAACGCAGUCUAUGCAAAAAUACAAGCAAUAGUUAAGACGAGUUAAGUCACCUACGAAACAACUACCUAGUUAUAACCCUAAGCUUACAGUCAAUUUAGGGAUUAAAUUGAGAAUACGAUUUCUCUCAGCAUAAUGACGGAUUCAAAGACUAAACGAACUCACCCGAUAUUGUCUUCAGUUGGAUCCAUGCCAAAGAAAAGUAAUGAUUCAUCCUCUCAAAAAGCUUUUACUAACAAAAAACAAAAUAUCAACUCGCCACCCCUGCUACCUGCGCUCGGAGUACCGUAUUAUUUAUUUAGACAUCUAUUUAGAUCUAACUUAUGGUGUGGGAGUUAUGGCCCUUUACCCAAAACCCUUUGUUAUAGCGCCACCAUCUGGCCGACAUAGGUGAUUUUUAGUGCCUGAGUAGUGGGGGGCCAUAGGAACCCACUUGCCAAAUUUGGUUGCUCUAGGACUUUUGGUUGCUGAGCCUCAGACACUUUUAGUGGAGAAAAAUAAUAAGAAUAAUAAUAAUCCGAACAAAUACAGUAGGGUUCCACCAGCUUUGCUGCUUGGACCCCUAAUAAUAAUAAUAAUAAUAAUAAUAAUAAUAAUAAUAAUAAUCCUAACAGAUACAAUAGGGUUCCACCAGCUUCGCUGCUUGGACCCCUAAUAAUAAUAAUAAUAAUAAUAAUAAUCCUAACAGAUACAAUAGGGUUCCACCAGCUUCGCUGCUUGGACCCCUAAAUAUAGCAAUAUUGAGCAACUGAAAAUGUCCGUAAAUCAACAUACAAUCAUCAUACUCUAAUUAAAAUAUUAAGUAAACCUUAAAUAAAUAUACUUUACGUGGAGUUUUAACGUGAUAUAUAAUUUUGACUUGACCCUUGAAACUCCCAUUUUUAAUUUUUAAAGCAACUGAACACAAGAUUAGCUUAGAAUCAUCAACAGCAUUCAAAGAACAAGCAUCGGAUUUUAAUCAGGUUUGUAUCCUUCAUGAGGCCAACAAAGUCACAACUGCUGCUGAUUUAGCUACAGACUGCAGAGCAAGAAUUCCUAAGACUAACAUCAAGGCAUAUCUCUUAUGUAAUAAGAAAUUCCAAAACUAAACGUGUUAAUUCACAUUUACUUUCAAGUAAUUUUUUCCCCAGAGUACUGCUUGAGCAGUCCAAGUAGUCUUGCCCAACCCUAGUUUUCAUGCAUAUGUAGAUUGUAACAGCCUGUGGUUAGCAGGGCUGUUUUAGUCGCAAAUCCUUUCCUAUACAGCCUUCCUUUACUUUUCCCUCAUGCAAGAGAGAGAGAGAGAGAGAGAGAGAGAGAGAUUUUGUGAUUUUGAAACCCCUUUUAUUGGAACAUUGUUCAACCACAGAAAUUACUGUACUUCAAGAUAAAAAAUAAUAGACAAGCAGCAUACAGAGAACAGUUUAAAAAAACUAACCAGAUGCAGGAGAGAGAGAGAGAGAGAGAGAGAGAGAGAGAGAGAGAGAGAGAGAGAGAGAGAUCGUAAAUAUCUGCAUGUUUUCUCUUCCACAGAUUUUACUUUCUGUUGUGAAACUGUCACAGAAAUGUAUUCCUCAUAUUCAUACUGUGAAAGAGUCCAGUGUGUUUCUUUUUCCAUUUGAAAUGAUUAUUCCAUGUGACGUAUCUGUUGAGUAGAUGAUCAUUGAUGUGUCAAACAGGGAAACAGGCGGUGUAAAGCACGACAGUGUUUAGCGUAAGUAGCAGUGGUGUAUUACGAUAUAGCUUAGUGACUGAAAUAUGAGAUGCUGUAAUGUGAAGAUGAUGUUUUAUAAAGGAAAAAUUCAUGGUUCAUCAGUUUCAGUACACUCCAUUCUGUAUGCUGUAAUUAAAAUAAAACUUGAACUUCCUUGCAUUGUAUGUGUGCUGAUAAAUAAAUCCUUGUCAUUUUAAAGAUCCACAUUUAAAUGAA